AUGGCGGGUGGUGGAAAGGUGUCCUUCAAAGUCACUCUAACCUCCGAUCCAAAGCUCCCCUUUAAAGUGUUUAGCGUUCCUGAGGCAGCCCCUUUCACCGCCGUUCUGAAAUACGCAGCUGAAGAAUUCAAAGUUCCUCCCCAGACCAGCGCUAUUAUCACCAACGAUGGUGUUGGAAUCAAUCCUCAGCAAAGUGCAGGCAAUGUGUUCCUCAAGCAUGGUUCCGAAUUACGCCUGAUUCCUCGAGAUAGGGUUGGGGCUUUUGGGACAACAGACACAGCAUUACCAUCAAACUGA